AUGUUAAAAACUUUAAAACUCUCUGGACUACACUUCCCAGAGUACUUGCCACUUUUCACUCUCUCGUCAUCAUCCGGAGACUCAUUCUCGUCCACUGUGCUUCUUCUGACUCAAGAAUUAAACAUGGCCAACAGAGGAACCGUCAAACCCAGCCCCAACUUCAACGCCAGUGCGGACGCAGAAGUCCUGCACAAGGCAAUGAAAGGACUCGGGACCGAUGAGGAUGCCAUCUUGCAGCUGCUCACCGCCCGCAGCAACGCCCAGAGGCAGGAGAUCAAGAACACCUACAAGACCCUCUUUGGAAAGGACCUAAUAGAUGACCUGAAAGGAGAGCUUGGGGGUAAAUUCGAAAGCCUUAUCGUGGCUUUAAUGACCCCGCCCCUUGCCUAUGAUGUCACGUCCCUCCGCAACGCUAUCAAGGGCGCUGGGACAGAUGAGAAAGUGCUGAUUGAGAUCUUGGCUUCCAGAUCAUGCCAGCAAGUGAAGGAAAUUGUGGCUGCAUACAGACAGGAGUACGACGACAACUUGGAGGAGGACGUGUGCGGAGACACUUCAGGACAUUUCAAGAGACUUCUGGUCAUCCUGCUGCAGGGGAACAGGCAGAGUGGUGUCCAGGAGGGGAACGUUGAGGGCGAUGCUCAGGCUCUGUUCAAGGCCGGGGAGGAGAAGUAUGGCACAGACGAGCAAUCGUUCGUGACAAUCUUGGGCAAUCGCAGUGCAGAACACCUGAGGAAAGUGUUUGAUGCUUACAUGAAGAUGUCUGGCUUUGAGAUGGAGGAGAGCAUCCAGAGGGAGACGUCGGGGAACCUCCAAGCUCUGAUUCUGGCUGUGGUGAAGUGUGCCAGGAGUGUCCCAGCUUAUUUUGCUGAAACCCUGUACCAUGCUAUGAAGGGCGCAGGCACAGAUGACGCCACUCUAAUGAGAGUGAUGGUGACCCGCAGUGAGGUGGACAUGUUGGACAUUAGAAAGGACUUCAGGAGGAUGUUUGCCUGCUCGCUGCACUCCAUGAUUAAGGGUGACACCAGUGGGGACUAUCGUAAGGCCUUGCUGAUGCUCUGUGGAGGUGACGAUGCAUGA